CUCAGACUUCAGCGCCAGGCUUGCCUACUAAUACCCGAGUAGAACUUGCCCUCUAGUGUCGAUCCCUGCCUUCUGACCUCGAAGACACGACGAGAGCGAACAGAGCAAAGGGCCGACUUGACUUGUUUAUCACUCUGACAAUCCUGCUUACCAAGACAUAGCACACUCGUACAGAGAGCCAAACUUCUAGACAAGCAGAAUGGCUUCCACUUCCACCCGUUCUCCCAAUCCGAACCAGCUGGCUACUUCCCUCCCUGGCCUGACAACUCACAUAACCGGACACGAUCCUGCCACUGGAAAAGCGAUCGUGAAAGAAUCUCGACCGGGAAACUGGAGUGUCUACGACAACAAACUCAUGGCGUUCAACGUGGUCUACACCACAUCCGAAUUCCCGGCAAACCUUAACGACGACAAGGACCUCAAGCUUCAUGACCAAGUCAUGGAGAGCGGCAAACUGGGGCUAGUCAAUCCUCACGGCACCGUCUGCCGAGUGGUAGACUUCGCACCCGGAUUCGAGUGCAUUAUGCAUCGUACCCAGAGCCUUGACUAUGGCAUCGUGCUGGAAGGAGACAUCGACUUGGUGCUGGACAGCGGAGAAACAAAGCCUAUGCGGAGAGGAGACGUUGCGGUCCAGAGGGCCACGAUGCACGCAUGGAAGAAUACCAGCGAGACCGAGUGGGCGAGAAUGAUAUUUGUGCUGCAGGACUGCCAGAAGCUGGAGAUCGGAGGCACGGUGCUGAAAGAGGAUCUGGGCAGAGGAGUGGAAGGACUGCCAGCAAGUGGAAACGAUUCCUAAACACAGAGAGGAUUGUGAUGGUUGGACAGAGAUGCCUGAAAGUGUACAAUGUAUCUCAAGGCUGGCAUAACAGACGAUCCCAUGUUUACGAUGCUUCUUAUACCCGCUCUUUUAUCUGGACCGAGUACACGCGUCUUGCAGGCCAUGCUGCCCCUGAUUUCCACCGUGAUUCCCACUGUGGCUCCAAACCCG